AUGUUUACCAACAACUGGACCCAGAGCGAAUUGUUCCAAAUUAAUUCCGCACCUCUCUCUCCAAGCACUUCGCAAGCAGACUGGGAUGAGAUGAUUUCAAAGUCCACUCCUAUCAGUCUUUCGAACAGUGGGAAAUACAUGAACUUCGACCUACCUACCAUUCAGGAACAGCAGCGCUUGCAAUCUGACAUAGCAUCAGAGCAAGCUGGAUACACCAAAUCAGCUUUCCUUCCAACAACUAUGGACGAGGAGUUCAAUAAGAUUUUCGAUAACGAGAGCCUAUUCAGUAACGAUUUAUACACCACUCCUGAAGAAACAUCUAAUUCUAAUAGUCCAACCAUUAAGGUUGAGAAGCAACCACAGGAUGAUAUGAUCCCAAUGCUUUUAUCAGAAAAACUUAAGAGUAUCCAGAAGACCAACGACUUAACCCCUAAAUCAUUGGAAUCUAUUUUCAACACCAAGGACAUCUUGAAGGAUGAGCCUGAACUUUCAUACGGCUCAUUAAACCGUCGGAAGCAACAUGGCUCAAUCCUGUCGGACAUGACUGACUCCGGUACGACAUCUCGCAGAGGUUCUAAUGACACCACCUCAGUCAGGGGCAAAAGAAGAGCACCAAGAAAGAGAUUGACCGAAUCUCAAAAGCAAGCACACAACAAAAUUGAAAAAAAAUACAGAAUAAAUAUCAAUGCCAAAAUAGCAGGUCUACAAAAAAUAAUACCGUCGGUUGCACUUGAAAAGCCUGCCUUUGAAACCGGUACCAAACAGGGAAGUGCUGGUACUUCUACAUACACUAGCGAAGAUAUCGCACUGGACGAAUCAUCCAACAGACUAAACAAGUCCAUGAUCUUAGAGAAGGCCAUUGAUUACAUUUUAUUCCUACAAAACGAAAAUAAGCUGAUUAUUUCCGAAAAUAGUUCAAUGAAGAAGGAGUUGGAAACUUUGAGAAGCUCAUUAUAA